AUGAGUUCAUUCCCGGUGCGUUCUCUGGGCUGGGUGGAGAUGGCAGAGAGAGAUCUGACAGAGGGAAGGAGCAGUGUGGCAGUCCAUCACUGUAUCAGACAACUGUCCUACUGUAGGAGGGACAUACAAGACUCCGCUGGGGUCUGGGGAGAGGGUAAGGACAUGCUGCUGGUGCUGCAGGACCGUGAUCUGACCCUGGUUGACCCUGACGACCACAGCCUGCUCCACUCUCAGCCAAUCAGCAGUAUACGUGUGUGGGGCGUUGGCCGAGACCACGACAGGGACUUUGCCUAUGUGGCGAGAGACAAAACCACGCGGGUGUUGAAAUGUCAUGUGUUUCGAUGUGAUACCCCUGCAGAAGCCAUAGCAACGAGUCUCCACGAAAUCUGUUCCAAGAUUAUGGCUGAGAGGAAGAGUGCCAAAGCUGCUGCCGGCAGCUCAUCCCAAACAGGCUCCGAUGUUCCUCUCCAGGAGUUUCCCAUGCCAAAGACUGAGCUGGUGCAGAAGUUCCAUGUGCACUACCUGGGGAUGACGUCCGUGUCUCGCCCCAUAGGUAUGGACAUCAUCAACGGGGCUAUAGAGAGCCUGGUGUCCUCCACAGGGAAAGAGGACUGGACCCCUGUUACUCUGAGUGUAGCAGAUGCCACUGUAGCUGUUAUCAAGGAGAAGGCACAGGAGGAGGAGAUACUGGUGGAGGGCCGCGUGCGUUUCCUGUCCUUCAUGGGCGUGGGCCGGGACAUCCACACUUUCGCCUUCGUCAUGGACUCUGGGAACCAGCACUUCCAGUGCCACGUGUUCUGGUGUGACCCCAACGCUGGCAGCGUGUCUGAGGCUGUCCAGGCAGCCUGUGUGCUGCGGUACCAGAAGUGUCUGGUGGCCUGCCCACCCUCCCAGAGAGCUGGCUCCUCCUCCCCGCCACCCGACUCGGUGACACGCCGGGUGACUACAAGCGUCAAGCGUGGAGUCCAGUCUAUCAUAGACACUCUGAAAACUAAGAAACCACCCUCAGAACUGCCCCAGCAAUGA